GGGGCAGCGACCCUGGGGCCGGGGUUGGGCAACUCCAGUCCCGGCGGGCUGCGGGGCUUUGGGGCUGAGUUCCAGGCCCACAGCCCCAGUCCGGGUCGUGCCGCCCCCUUGGCUCCGCGGCCCGCGCUGGGAGCGGGCCUUGAGCUCUCGCUUUGCCCCUGGGCGGGCCGGGCGCCCAGGCCCCGCACAGCUGGCCGCUUGAGGAGAACUGCUGGCCGUGGUCGCCGCCAGGGAUAUUUCAGUGUCUUGAAGAUAAAGCAGAAAUCUUCUUUGGAGUGGAUGGAUUUUUGUUACUUUCUGUGAACUAAAGCGAUUCAAUGUCUCUUUUGGAUUGUUUCUGCACUUCACGAACACAAGUUGAAUCACUCAGACCUGAAAAACAGUCUGAAACCAGUACCCAUCAAAAUUUGGUUGAUGAGCCCCCGCUUUCCUUGCUGCCUUCAUCCACUAGCGCCAGUCAAGUGAUCUGUUCUACCGAUGUUUCUCACUAUGAACUCCAAGUGGAAAUAGGAAGGGGAUUUGACAACUUGACUUCUGUCCAUCUUGCACGGCAUACUCCUACAGGAACACUGGUCACUAUAAAAAUUACAAAUCUGGAAAACUGCACUGAGGAACGCCUAAAAGCUUUACAGAAAGCAGUGAUUCUAUCCCACUUUUUCCGGCAUCCCAAUAUUACAACUUACUGGACUGUUUUCACUGUUGGCAGCUGGCUUUGGGUUAUUUCUCCUUUUAUGGCCUAUGGUUCAGCAAGUCAACUCUUGAGGACUUACUUUCCUGAAGGAAUGAGUGAAACUUUAAUAAGGAACAUUCUCUUUGGAGCAGUGAGAGGGUUGAACUAUCUGCAUCAAAAUGGCUGUAUUCACAGGAGUAUUAAAGCCAGCCAUAUCCUCAUUUCUGGUGAUGGCCUAGUGACCCUCUCUGGCCUGUCCCACCUGCAUAGUUUGGUUAAGCACGGACAGAGGCAUAGGGCUGUGUAUGAUUUCCCACAGUUCAGCACAUCAGUGCAGCCGUGGCUGAGUCCAGAACUACUGAGACAGGAUUUACAUGGAUAUAAUGUAAAGUCAGAUAUUUACAGCGUUGGGAUUACAGCUUGUGAAUUGGCCAGUGGGCAGGUUCCUUUCCAAGACAUGCACAGGACACAGAUGUUAUUACAGAAACUGAAAGGUCCUCCCUACAGUCCAUUGGAUGCCAGUAUUUUUCCUCAGUCAGAAUCCAGAAUGAAAAAUUCCCGAUCAGGUGUAGACUCUGGGAUUGGAGAAAGUGUACAUGUCUCCAGUGGGACUCGCACAGUAAAUAGUGACAGAUUGCAGACACCCUCCUCAAAAACGUUCUCUCCCGCCUUCCUCAGCUUGGUACAGCUCUGUUUGCAACAAGAUCCUGAGAAAAGGCCAUCAGCAAGCAGCUUACUGUCCCAUGUUUUCUUCAAACAGAUGAAAGAAGAAAACCAGAGUUCAAUACUUUCACUGUUGCCUCCUCCUUGUCACAAGCCAUCAAUAUCACUGUCUCCAGCAUCACCUUGGACUGAGCCAGAAUGUGAUUUUCCUGAUGAAAAAGACUCAAACUGGGAAUUCUAAGGCUGCCAGAUCCUUUUAUGUCCUAUAUACUUGACACUUUCUCCCUGCUGCUUUUUCUUCUGUAUUGCUAGGUACAAGUACUAGAAUUAUACUUGAAAAUACAGUUGGUGCACUGGAGAAUCUAUCAUUUGAAACCACUCUGUUCAAAGGAGCAGGAGUUUAUAGCCCCUUUGGUUAGCUCAGAGUGCUCUGACAACUCCAGGGAAACUUUGGAAUUAUUACUCUAACUACAUUUAGUGUCAUCUGUAGAUGACAGAUGACAUGAAAAAAAUAUUCUUCCCCAAGCUGUGACUAACUCUUCUUUUUGAUCUCUCAGUAUGAUUUUUGAGCCAGUUAAAUUUUUCAGCAUUUUGCUGCCCUCAGGGGAAUGAGCCCGCAGAGGACAGUGUUUCCAAGUACAUUUUUUACUUCCAGAUCCUAGCCUUUUUGAUCAGCCAUUGUUAAAACAACAGGGUUUUAUCCUGGCAUCAAACCCUUUUCUGAUAGAAGGGAAAAUGCUUAUACUUUCCCACUUUCUUCUGUUAAUAUUUCUGGUAAUAUCAAACUGAGCCUCACUCACAUUAAAUGAUUCACUUGAAAUAUACACAGAAGUUGUAAUUUGCUUUUUUUAAGGGGCUAAAGUAACACUUUUCUACUUAUGUAAAUUAUAGAUCCUAAAUUCAUGCACCCAGUGGGAGCUCAAUAAAGAUUUAUUGAAUUGAGUUUAUACUUAAUAAUUUUGUGUGGUUUGACAGAGCUAAAACAUAAGAUUCUAAUUUGUUUUGUCAAGGAAAGCUUUUUCUCAGAGAAAUAGAUACACUUAUAUAACCUCUUGAAUUGGAGACAACUUGGUAUUUGAUUCAGUGGAAGCAGAUCUUCCAGCCCUUUAUAUGAUUAUUCUUGCUCCUGUAGGGGGUACAGCAUAUAAGGACAUAGAGAACUUGAGGUUUUACCUUAUUAGCAAAAGGGGAUAUGCUGUCUUAAAGGGAGUAUGUGUUUUGGACUGUGCUAAGUUGGGUUUACCUCAAUUAGCAGAUUUUAUUUGCACACACUUGACAUUACAUUAAAAAUUAUGUUUAAAUGAUUGCUUUAAGACUUGACACUGAGACAAAUAAUACACAAAUUAAAUAGUUAAAAACACAAACCUUUUCAUGUUUAUUGGCCAGCCUCCCUCAAGGAUGUUUGGGUUACUCCAUCAGGAAGCCUCCAAGACUUGCCAGCGUGGAGGAGAGAGGAUUCAAGUACCAACUGAGGCCUUGAGGUGGGGCCGUCGUGGGGGGCAGGGGGCGCUACAGUUCAUUCCACUAACCUCCUAAAUUCCCCUCCACAAGAGACACAGGAACCAUGGAGGAAAUUCUCCCCCAUCUGUGUGGAGAGGCAAUAUGUGUACUGCAAAAGGUGACCGGAGGCCAAGGAACAGUGCCUCUGAGUUCCACUGUAUUAGGGUUCUCCAGAGAAACAAAGCCAGUGGAUUUUUUUUUUAAGUAUUAAAUAUAGUUGACUUACAAUGUGUUAGUUUCAGGUGUAUAGCAAAGUGAUCUCUCUCUCUCUCAUGUUCUUUUUCAGAUUCUUUUCUAGUAUAGACUAAAAGAUAUUGAGUAUAGUUCCCUGUGCUAUCCAGUAGAUCCUUAUUGUUUACUUACAUAGUGUGUAUCUGUUAAUCCCAAACUCCUGAUUUAUCCCUCCACCUGCUUAACCCUUUGGUAACCGUAGGUUUGUUUUCUGUGUAUUUAUUUAUAAGGUAUUUUUUUAAUUGGAGGAUAAUUGCUUUACAAUGUUGUUAGUUUCUGCUGUAUGAUAGUGUGAAUCAGCUAUAUAUGUGUGUGUGUAUAAUCUCCUUCCUCCCACCCCAGCUCCCCAUGCUACUCCUCCAGGUCAUCACAGAGCUUAAAAGGAACAAAAAAGGAAUGAAAUUGAAUGAGGCUGGGUCAGCUGUAGUGAUGUGUAUGAACCUAGAAUCUGUCAUACAGAGUGAAGUAAGUCAGAAAAAGAAAAAUAUUGUAUAUUAAUGCAUAUAUAUAUAUAUAUAUAUAUGGAAUCUAGAAAAAUGGUGCCAAUGAACCUGUUUGCAAGGCAGGAAAAGAGAUGCAGGCAUAGAAAGUGGACUUGUGGACACGGUGGGAAGGAGAGGGUAGGGCGAAUUGAGAGAGUGUCACUGACAUUCACACGCUGCCGUGUGUAAGGUGGAUAGCUAGUGGGGAGUUGCUGCGUAACAGGGCGCUCAGCCCCGUGCUCUGUGCUGACCUGGAGGGGUGGGGUGGGGCCUGGGGUGGGAGGGAGGGCCAGGAGGGAGGGGACAUAUGGAUACUUAUGGCUGAUUCACGUGGAUGUGCAGCAGAAACUUAGCACAAUAUUUAAAGCCAUUAUAUCCCAUUUAAAAUAAAUUUUUAAAAAAUGA